ACACGGCAGCACAAGAGGACAAAACAGCGAGUCUUGAAUCCCGGAAGGAACCAGCCGAUCCCCCUCGCCGCCAUUUCAUAGCAACUUCUCUUCCCCUCUCCAUAUCCUCUCUUCCUCCCAGCUCCCCCCUCUGUUUGGGAAAUCAAGGACACAGCAAGAACCCUAGCGAUAUCCUACUUCUCCCUCCAGGGACUAUCCGUGCCUCCACUUCCACUUGUCUGCUUACUGUCCAGUUCCUGUUUCUUGGGACUUGGGGGCUUCCGCUUCUUGGAGUGCUUGGCCACCCCUCUUUCCCUUAGAGCUUGGGGGCUGCUGGAUCUCGGCAAGUGACCAUGAGCCAGAUUCUUUCUCUGGUUGUAGGUUUCGACAUCAACGUGCUUCUCAAAGAAGCGAGGAGCAGGUGGUUAAAGCCUUCUGAAGUCUACUAUAUCUUGCUGAAUCAUGAGAGGCUCCCAAUCACCCAUGAGCCACCAAAUAAGCCACCCAGUGGUUCACUAUUCCUUUAUAAUCGCCGUGUUAAUCGGUUUUUCCGGAAAGAUGGUUAUGCAUGGCGGAGGAAGAAGGACGGAAGAACUGUUGGGGAGGCUCACGAGCGAUUGAAGGUUGGAAAUCUUGAUGCUCUAAGUUGCUACUACGCUCAUGGAGAUGAAAAUCCUUGUUUCCAGAGACGAUGUUUCUGGAUGCUGGAACCUGCAUACGACCACAUUGUGCUGGUACAAUAUAGAGAAGUAGCUGAGGGAAGAAAUUACUCAGCAUCAGUGUCAAAUGAAUCAGCAGGAUCUCUUUCAGCCUUGAGUUAUCCAAAUGACAUAUAUGGAAAGCAAUAUCACAGCUCCACUUCUGGCUCUAGUGAGAGCAGUGAGUCCCGUCACAGCUAUUCUAAUUCUAUAACUGAAGUAAGUUCUGGUUCUGCAAACAAAAUGUACAACAAUCAUAGUGGCGUUCUACUAAGCAUACCGGAGUUCGAGCAAACAACUGUGAUAGGGGCACCAGAGCUUGGCCAGAGUAGUCUGGAACAGAGUUCUGAAUUUUGCUUGACAAAUAAAUCUGGGCUCAAGCAAGCUUUGAAGAAGAUCGGUGAGCAUUUAGGUUUGGCUGAUAAUGAUGAUGAUGACUACAUUUACAUAAAUCAAUCGCAACCUUUGGACUUUGAUACAAGUAUUGAGGCUGCAGAUAGACAGGGCCAUCACACAAGCAACAGCCUAGGAAAUGUUUCAGGUGAAAAGCAAGCAAAUCAAAUUCAAGCAGGAGAAACUCAAAAUGGUGUUAGCAGGGGGAUAUUACCAUCAUGGGGUAAUGUGCUGCAAUCUAAUUCAGUUUCUUCAGCUUCAUCUGCGUACAUGCAAAGUUCAGAAUAUCAGCCACCAGGAGGCCUAGACAGUAGUGAUUUGCAGCUGCAACUUUCUGCUGCUACAAGAUUUCUUUUAGGACCAGAAGACUCUAUUGACUCACCAUCUUAUAAUUGCAUAGCAAGAGAUGAAGGAAUCAAUGGCAUUGAUACCCUUUCAGUUCAUAACAGUAGUCUUCAAAGCUGUCUGAACCCAGAUUGGCAAAGUUUAACACCUAUAACACUCGAAAGCAAUGCAUGUGGCUCUGAAAUAUUCGAGCUGCUGUCGGACCAUUGUCAGUUUGAACCCUCUUCUGGAUUAGAUACAAGACUAACCUUGACACAGAAGCAACAGUUCAACAUUCAUGAGAUCUCUCCAGAAUGGGCAUUCUGCUCUGAGGUCACCAAGGUCAUCAUUACUGGAGAUUUCUUGUGUGAUCCGUCGAAUUCGUGCUGGGGAGUAAUGUUUGGUGACAAUGAGGUGCCUGUUGAAAUUGUUCAGCCAGGUGUUCUCCGCUGCCACACACCGCUACACAGCAGCGGAAAGCUCACACUCUGUAUUACCAAUGGGAAUAGGGAAGUUUGCAGUGAAGUCAAGGACUUUGAGUUCCGUGCAAAGCCGACGGUUUCUAGUUUCAGAGAUCUCACACAGUCAUCUAGAUCUAUGAAGUCUAGUGAAGAGUUGUCACUUCUUGCAAAGUUUGCAAGAAUGCUUUUGUGUGAGAAUGGAUCAUCUGCAGUUCUGGAUGGUGAUCCUCAGUCUACACAGCGUCCAAAACUUAACAUGAAUGAGGAGCACUGGCAGCAGUUGAUUGAUGAACUCAAUGUAGGAUGUGAAAAUCCACUAAGCAUGGUUGAUUGGAUUAUGGAGGAAUUGCUUAAAAGUAAAUUACAACAGUGGUUAUCAUUGAAGCUCCAAGGAAAUGACGGAACAUGUUCUCUCUCCAAGCAUGAGCAAGGUAUUAUACACUUAAUCUCUGCACUUGGCUAUGAGUGGGCACUGUCUUCGGUUCUCAGUGCUGGUGUUGGCAUAAAUUUGCGUGAUUCCAAUGGAUGGACUGCACUUCAUUGGGCUGCUUAUUUUGGAAGGGAAAAGAUGGUUGCAGCACUUCUUGCUGCUGGUGCAUCAGCUCCAGCAGUCACCGAUCCAACUGCACAAGAUCCAGUGGGGAAAACAGCAGCCUUCCUGGCUUCUAAACGGGGACACAUGGGCCUUGCAGGCUAUCUUUCAGAAGUGUCACUAACUAGCUAUCUUUUAUCACUGACUAUAGAAGAGAGUGAUAUUUCAAAGGGAUCUGCUGCAAUUGAAGCAGAGAGAGCAGUAGAGAGCAUAUCUCAGCGGAGUGCCCAAUUGCACGGAGGCACAGAAGAUGAGCUCUCACUAAAGGACUCUUUGGCAGCCGUGAGAAAUGCAGCUCAAGCAGCGGCACGAAUUCAAAAUGCCUUCCGUGCCUUUUCUUUCAGGAAGAGGCAACACAAGGAUGCUCGACUUAAGGAUGAAUAUGGGAUGACGCAAGAAGAUAUAGAUGAACUUGCAGCUGCAUCAAGGUUAUACUACCAACAUCAUGUUUCAAACGGUCAGUUUUCUGAUAAAGCAGCUGUUUCAAUUCAGAAGAAGUACAGAGGUUGGAAAGGGCGGAAAAAUUUUCUCAACAUGCGCAGAAAUGUGGUUAAAAUACAGGCCCAUGUAAGAGGCCAUCAAGUGAGAAAGAAAUACAAGACUUUCGUAAGCACUGUUAGUGUGCUAGAGAAAGUAAUACUACGGUGGCGUAGGAAAGGACAUGGCUUACGUGGCUUCCGAGCUGAGCAACCAGCGAUGAUUGCAGCCGAAGAGGAAGAAGAGGAAGAUGACGAUGACUUUGAUGAUGAUGAUGAUGAAGCAGUCAAGAUCUUCCGUCGCCAAAAGGUUGAUGAAUCUGUCAAGGAGGCUGUGUCAAGAGUGCUGUCCAUGGUAGAGUCUCCUGAAGCAAGGAUGCAGUACCGUCGAAUGCUUGAGGAGUUUCGCCAAGCAACUAUUGACACCGGUGCAUCUGAUGAGGCAACAUCAAGACUUAAUGAUGACUUGCUAAUGGGAAUGGAUUUCAUGUUCUGAAAAAGCAUGUGUCGUAAGGACCGUGUGCGGAGCUGCCCACAAUGAUUUGAAGUAACUAUUAAUUUGGUACAGUAUAAUGACCUGAUAGAGUUCAGCAUGUACAGUGUUUGCCUGAUUACUGUAGGCUGAUGAUUCUGUGUAGUGUUCUUUUUCUUCGCGAGGAGGUUUUAUGUAGUGUUGUCUGUUAAGCAGUACUGUGUUAGCUGGGAAUGUCUAGUUCAGCAUACAAUGUCCUGCUGACAUGUAAAAAAAUCAGAAAAUGCACAACAUAAUGAGACCCAUAAACUAUAAAACAUAGUUAUUGGGUUGCUUUCUAGAAAUUAUGCAGGAGUAGUUUAUUAAUUAGAGAGAGAACUUGGAGGAA